AAAAGUACCCUUGGGUGAGCUUUCUUCUGCUCCUCCGUGCUCGCGUGUUCCCCAUCCUGUACAAUCCACUUGUACAGCACGAUUGCACGAAUCAGUCAAAUACAGUCAGAUCCAAGUAAGCGAGCACCAAGUCCAAGCGAGCCAUGCGCGACUAGCGGCGGCGCGCCGGAGGGGGAUCGAAGAGGAGGAGGAGGAGGAGGUGGGAGUCGGGCCGAUCGAGCUUGGCGCUCCCCGUCCCCUCCAGACCCAGGAGCCGCGGCUGAGGGCGCAUCUCAGCCAUCGAUUCUAGGGUUUCAGUCGAUCAAUCGGCCUCCGGAUCCCGACCAUGGGGCCGCCGCCGCUCAAGCUCAACGUCGGCCGAGAUGGGGACAGAAUCGGCGCGCUCCACGACGACCUCCUCCUCGGGAUCCUCGAGCGCCUCGACCUGCGCGACGCGGUCCGCGCCGGCGCGCUCUCGGCGCGGUGGCAGCACCUCCCCUACCGUCUCUCGCGCCUGCACCUCAACGCCGGCCACUUCCACCGCGCCACGCUGCUCGAGGGCAUGGACGCGUUCGAGGACGCGGCGUGCAGGUUGCUGUCCGUGUGUCCUUCUCCGGCCGCCGGCAAGAGCCCUCGUGUCAUCGAGACCCUCGCCCUCACCUUCUGCGUGUCGGCCCCUCACCUGAGCUCCAUCGGCCGCGCCGUUGAGGACGUCGUCAGCCGCGGCCACACCAAACGCUUCCAGUUUGACAUAUGCUCCCGAUGCAGGGACGGCACUAGACGCACAACCCAGCUGCUCACAGAGUUAGGGAAGCAGUUCAUGUCAUUCUCCAGCGCCCACCCUGUCGCCUUCGGGUGGCUCACGUUUCUUACACUAGAGGACCUCGCAUUUGGGGAUUCCGAUGUCGCAGACCUCAUUCGUGGUUGUGAUAAGCUCAAGGACCUCAAGUUGAGAUCCUGCAGGCUGGUUGACCGACACUCUGCGCUCAAGAUCGAAACGCCGCAUGCCGGGCUUGAGAAUCUUUGGUUCACCAGAUUUCGUUGCGCACUGAUCGAGCUUAUCUCUGUCCCUAAGCUCAGGACAUUCUGGUGUUGGAGCCGCAAAAACCCUCUGGUGCGCUUCGGCUAUGUUCCUGAGCUUUACAAAGUGGAACUCGGUUCUCAGGCCAAGGCAUCGCAAGUGCCAUUUGCGCUGAGCGAGUGCUUUUCAAGGAGUGCCACAAACCUGUCUAAACUGUAUCUCAAUUAUGGCUGUCAAAUGAAUUGGAUUAAACCAGAACACCCGAAGGAGCUCACUUCUAUAUUCAACAACCUGAAUAGUUUGGCGCUUUACAAUAUCUUUUCGGAGUGUGACCUGAGCUGGACCUUGUUUAUCCUUGAAGUUGCACCUGCCCUGCAGAAAUUCAGAUUAUCUCGAACUCAACACCCAUGUGUCAAAGUGUCUAAGGACAAUGCCGAGAAGACUAACAUUGUGUGGGAACCAUCCAAGGGUUUGAAGCACCUGAACCUGAAGUUAUUUAUAAUGUUUGGGUUCGAGGAUGAAGACAAGGUGACAAACUAUAUAAGGCUUGUCAUGGAACAUGCCGUGGGCUUGAAAAGAAUCGAGUUGCAUGGUAGAAGCCCAUGCAAUGGGUGCGAUGCCAUCGACCUUGAGUCCCGGAGAAGAAGAUCCCAGGCGGAUGAAGCCAGCAGGCAUCGGAUUAAGGAGCAACUCACACAUGGAUCUUCCUCGUCCGUGGAGAUAGUAAUCUGCUGAUGGAUAUGGUGAAGGGAUGAUAAAUCUCAUAAAGCUGCUAGAGCGACGACUGUACGAGGUGCAGGCAGUCGUAAUUUUAAGUUCAGUUAUUGAUAGCCAGAGAAUACUUGAUUGGCGUGCACCUCGCAGUGUAGAUUACUGCAAUCUGGACGGAUGUUUUUGUUUUUGUCCAAUUUACGGAGUAAUUACCCAUAUUCGUUCUUUGGCAUGGUUCAAAUUCUUGACUUCU